AAAUUCUGUACAGAAACGACUGAGCAUAGUUUUUGGGGGUUUUCAAUGCAAAAUGUAUGCGCACACAUAUUUGUGUGAAAGCAUAUCUAUCUUUCACACAGUUUUGUCUUUUGUGUGAACGUAUUACUUUAAUCAUCUUUCAUGUAUUUCUAUUAAUUUCUUCUUUUUAGAAGUAAUUCAGACUGGGUUUCGCCGCGUUAUUGCUGGAUAUAUUCUUAUUUAAUUUUAUUUACAUUUUAUAGACAUAUUGUAUUCGUAUAAAUUAAUUCCGCCUAGCAUUUGUUUGAAACUGACAUUUUCGCUUAGUGUUUACAUAUCUCUUAGAUUGUUUUUGGAUACGAUUAUUCCUUUAAGUUAUUUAAGAACGACCACGGCAUACGAGUAUCUGCAUAGGUUGACAUAGAACAGAAGUGAAUAAAGGGAAGACAUUGUGAACUGCUCCAUACCGAACUACAUUCGUUUUAUCUACAUAGCUCUGUUUCAAUGCUCGUGAUUUCUUAGAUAUGAUAUUAUUUCGACAUUAAGAAGAAAAAGAUUGAGUUGAUUUAAUAAACGGAUAUAAUAUGCCUGAAAGAUUUAAAGUGACGAGGGCCACUGGAGAUGACAGCAAGCUUAACCAUGACAUUGAAGAGGAAGCCGUAACAGGAGGACUAUUGUCUUAUACUCAAGAAGAGAGAGAAACUCCCAGUUUGGAAGAAACCAAAGACAGGCUAGAUGCUAAUUUGUACUUAUACGAUGACGAACUUGAGACCAGACCACAUGUGUCCGCAUUCAUUUCUUCAUUGGCGAAUUAUGAAAACACAAUACCUGCAGCUACAGACCCCGACGCGAAGCAAGCUCCACCAGUUGCACGAAUGGGCACCUUGAUCGGAGUGUUCCUGCCAUGUAUUCAAAAUAUUUUUGGUGUCAUUCUUUUCAUCCGUUUAACAUGGGUUGUCGGAACCGCUGGAGCUGUAUGUGGAUUUCUUAUUGUGCUAACAUGCUGUUGUGUGACUAUGUUAACGGCCAUAUCAAUGUCAGCAAUUGCUACGAAUGGAGUGGUACCGGCGGGAGGCAGCUACUUUAUGAUAUCAAGAUCUCUUGGGCCAGAAUUUGGAGGAGCUGUUGGAAUGCUGUUCUACACGGGUACUACACUGGCGGCAGCUAUGUACAUUGUGGGAGCAGUAGAAAUUGUACUCACCUAUAUGGCACCUGGACUUUCUAUAUUUGGAGAUUUUACAAAAGAUGCCGAAGCAAUGUAUAAUAAUUUCCGGGUCUAUGGAUCCGGACUUCUUGUUGUCAUGGGUCUUAUUGUAUUUCUUGGAGUGAAGUUUGUCAAUAGAUUUGCAACGAUUGCAUUAGCCUGUGUUAUAUUCUCUAUCAUCGCAGUUUAUAUAGGAAUAUUUGAUAAUCUAAAUGGAAAUGAAAAACUUUACAUGUGCGUUCUCGGCAAACGUUUACUGAAAGACGUUCCUUUAGAAAACUGCACUAAAGAAGAAGGUGGAAUGAUAUACAACGCAUUUUGUCCGGACGGAAUUUGUGGUGAAUAUUACAAAUUGCAUAAUGUCACAAAGGUAAAAGGAAUCAAAGGUUUAUCGAGUGGUGUAUUUUAUGAAAAUAUUUUACCAUCGUUCUUAGAGAAAGGGCAAUUUAUUGCUUACGGAGAAAAUUCCAUAGAUCGUGGUUCACCUGGUGACAUUGCAUACAAGGAAAUUUUGGCAGAUAUAACAACAUCGUUUACCUUAUUGAUUGGAAUCUUUUUCCCAUCUGUAACUGGUAUCAUGGCUGGAUCCAAUAGAUCUGGUGAUUUAGCCGAUGCUCAAAAAAGUAUACCAAUCGGAACAAUUUGUGCAAUCCUUACAACUAGUACGGUCUAUUUAUCAUGUGUGAUGCUAUUCGCCGGUACUGUUGACAACUUACUUUUGCGUGACAAAUUUGGACAGUCAAUUGGUGGAAAAUUAGUGGUUGCAAAUAUUGCAUGGCCAAAUCAGUGGGUUAUUUUGAUUGGUUCGUUCUUAUCAACGCUAGGUGCUGGUCUUCAAAGUUUAACAGGAGCCCCACGUCUAUUACAAGCUAUUGCAAAAGAUCAAAUUAUACCAUUCUUAGCGCCAUUCGCCGUAUCUUCAUCAAGAGGUGAACCUACUAGAGCUCUUCUUUUGACAAUUGUCAUUUGUCAAUGUGGUAUAUUACUUGGUAAUGUGGAUUUACUGGCACCAUUGCUAUCUAUGUUCUUUUUGAUGUGCUAUGGAUUCGUCAACCUUGCCUGCGCUGUUCAAACACUUCUACGAACUCCAAACUGGAGACCACGUUUCAAGUUUUACCACUGGUCACUGUCCCUGAUCGGUCUGACACUCUGUAUUUCCGUAAUGUUCAUGACAUCGUGGUAUUUUGCUCUCAUAGCAAUGGGAAUGGCUAUAGUUAUUUAUAAAUACAUUGAAUACAGAGGAGCUGAAAAAGAAUGGGGAGAUGGUAUUCGAGGAAUGGCCCUAACGGCCGCACGCUAUUCACUUCUUCGAUUAGAAGAGGGUCCACCACACACCAAGAACUGGCGUCCACAAAUUUUAGUCAUGGCUAAAUUGAACGACAAUCUUAUGCCAAAAUAUCGAAAAAUAUUUUCGUUUGCAACACAACUUAAGGCUGGAAAGGGUCUGACAAUUUGUGUAUCCGUACUUCCAGGAGAUUACAAUAAAAUAAAUUCACAAGCUACACAAUGCAAACAAUCACUUAGAAAGUUAAUGGACGACGAAAAAGUUAAAGGCUUCUGUGAUAUUCUAGUAGCUCGGGAAAUUGAAGAAGGAAUAAGUUCUGUAAUUCAAACAAUUGGAUUAGGUGGAAUGAAACCAAAUACCGUUAUUGUUGGAUGGCCCUAUAGUUGGCGACAAGAAAAUAAGCAAAGCUGGAGGACAUUCAUUCAAACUGUUCGGACAGUGGCUGCUUGUCAUAUGGCCUUGCUUGUACCUAAAGGUAUCAACUUUUACCCUGAAUCUAGUCAUAAGAUAUCUGGUAACAUUGAUAUUUGGUGGAUUGUACAUGAUGGUGGACUGUUGAUGCUGCUACCAUUCUUACUGAAACAGCAUCGUACAUGGAAAAACUGCAAACUUCGAAUUUUCACAGUUGCACAAAUGGAAGACAAUUCCAUUCAAAUGAAAAAGGAUCUAAAAACGUUCCUUUAUCAUUUGCGAAUAGAAGCUGAUGUAGAAGUUGUUGAAAUGAUGAACAGUGAUAUUUCAGCAUACACGUAUGAGCGUACGCUUAUGAUGGAACAGCGUAAUCAGAUGUUACGUGAAUUACGAUUAAACAAAAAGGAUAACUUUAAAGUUGUACAAACAUUGGUGGACAUUAACGAGAGCACAUCAGGGGAGGAUAAAUUCCCUCUGGUUCAAGCUAUUGUCGAUCAUCACCAUGAUACCACCAAAACAAAUCCAAAGGUCAGAUUUGCUGAUCCUUCUGAAGCCUUUGAGGAAAACUGUGAAAAUAAUCAUUUAGAAUACUAUAGAGAUAAUCAGGGAGAUGAAAAGCAAAAAGGAUAUUCACACAAUACCGAUAGUGAUUCAAAGGAAAUUUGUCUCAGAACGAAGAGAGACAAAAAACAACAUGAAGAUGAAAAAUCCGAAAGAUCUUCCACUGAUGCACAUUUGGAAAUUAAAUCAAGACCAGAUGAAUUUAAUGUUCGGAGAAUGCACACGGCUGUGAAAUUAAACGAAGUCAUUGUAAAUAAGUCAGUAGAUGCACAAUUGGUUAUAAUGAAUUUACCAGGACCACCAAAGGACUUAAAACAUGGAAGAGAAAGUAACUAUAUGGAGUUCUUGGAAGUAUUAACAGAGGGUUUGGAGCGAGUGUUAAUGGUUCGUGGUGGCGGUCGUGAAGUUAUAACGAUAUAUUCUUAAGAAAAAAAUUACAACAUUCAUUUUGUCACUAGUUCAUUAAAUUUUGAAAAAAAAAUGCCGGGCGAUACAUAUAUUAAGUUGUUAACAUUAAGUUUUUAAGUGCUACCAAUGAAGGGUAACAAAAAGGCGAACUUAACUUUUGCUAGGUUAACUGAAUGUAGUCAAUUUUGAAUGGAUUGAAAUAAAGGGAAAUUUACAAUAAAUUAAA